GUACAGACUGGGGCGAUUACUGGUGACGUUCCCAGAAACGAAGAAACACGAGGUUAGAGGAGGGAGGAAAUAAAUUGUUUUUAAUCAUGGGGAAACAGAAGAAAGCAAAGAAAUAUGCGGUGAUGAAAAGGAUGAUAAGCUUGAAGGAUCAAAGGCUAAAACCGGAAGACCGAGCUAAAACACAACAGAAAAAGAAAGAAGACCCAUCUGCAAUAAAGGAAAGAGAAGUUACCAAGUAUCCCUCCUGCCUUUUCUUUCAAUACAACACGCAGCUGGGUCCUCCUUACCACAUCCUGGUGGACACUAAUUUCAUUAACUUCUCCAUUAAAGCUAAACUUGACAUUGUGCAAUCGAUGAUGGACUGUUUGUAUGCUAAAUGCAUUCCCUGUGUCACUGAUUGUGUGAUAGCAGAGAUUGAAAAACUGGGACAGAAGUACAGAGUUGCUCUCAGGAUUGCCAAAGAUCCUCGGUUUGAGAGGUUACCCUGUACACACAAAGGAACGUAUGCUGAUGACUGUUUGGUUCAGAGGGUCACACAGCAUAAGUGUUACAUUGUUGCAACUGUGGACCGAGAAUUGAAGAGGAGAAUCAGAAAAAUCCCAGGAGUCCCUAUCAUGUAUAUUUCUAAACAUAGGUACAAUAUUGAAAGAAUGCCUGAUGACUAUGGUGCUCCACGAUUGUAGCUGUAAGUGUAUGGAAGAAUGCGGCCAGCUCAGACAGAUGCUUCCUGUAGGAUAGAUGCCUUUUUUGCACAUUCCAGUUGCAAGAGACACGAUGGACUACAAGUAUCUAAUUCAAUACCAGUCUUAACUCCCCCAGUCUCUUGGAUGUCAGGCUUCAAUGAGGCUAAUCAAGAUCACUCACUGUAGAAGACUUCACUGUCAUUUGGAUGAUUGGUUGUGAUACAAAACUGCACGUAAUAAAUGAAUUUAAAUAAAAGAAAAAAACUGUUGGUA